GGUUGUAGGUACAGCUACAACCCCUUUGCCUGUCCAGAUGGACGAACAGAACCAAAAAAAAAAACUCUUUGGGAAUGGUUUGCAUAAUUUUUUGAUUUUGCUUUGCGAUUCGCGGCGUUUCCACUUUGCGCGAAUUCUUAACAUGGACGCGAAGGAAAUGUGUACCUAUAAAUAUUAUGUGAAGUGAAUUAUAUGCUUCGUAACGAGAAUUCAGUAUUUCUAGACUUUAAACUUGAUACUCAUCUAUUUUUUAAAUUUAUGUCUUAAUAAUUAUGGCGUCACCAUCAGGAAUGCAGAGAUCAUUUAACCUUUACGUUACCCAUUUGGAUGCUGAUGGUUAUUUUUUAAAAAUAAGUGGACAAUUAGACCAUCAAUCUUCGUUGAUAGUUGAAACUCUGUUUGAAGCAGCUCGGGCGGACCUAGAAAAUGGUGUCGGAGCAGCGCCGCCGGCAGCUAUUCGCGAAGGUAUAAUUUGUGCGGCAAAAUACAAAGAUGGGAUAUACUACAGAGCCAAAGUAAUAAAUACAUCUGAUUUGGCCACUGGAUUAGUCGGAGUGCAAUUUAUUGAUUACGGAAAUAAAGAUAUUAUUUCGCUAAACACAAUACGAUUUCUAGAUAAAUACGAUCCUCUGUUUUUACAAAUACCAGGUCAAGCCACUGAUUAUUAUAUUUCUAGACUUAUGCAUUUAGGUGGACGUUGGGACGAACCACUUUUAAUGAAACUACAGACUUUAGUUUGCUAUGCUGAAUAUCCAGCAACAAUAGAAGCUCAAACAAGGACACUACCUUUAGUUGCAAUUUUAUUUAAAGGUACUGAUUUAUCUACACAUAUUGCAGCUAAUAGAAUGGGGGCCUUUAUACCACUGCCUAAGCAAGAUAUGUUGUUAUCACAAAUGACAGAAUGCCAUCAGGGCUCUAAUUGGUCUCCAAGUGUACUGAAUCAACAAACAUAUACAGAACAUGUGCCGUUUUUAAUAAAUCAAAACUUCCCAAACCCAGCCACAGCAAUGAGGUUGAAUCAGCAAAUGACAUUACCAUGUAACAUAUCACCCCAACAUUCAGUCAUAAGUCAAAGCCUUUUAGUUAAUAGGGCAUCCAGAAAUGCUGUGAAUCUCCGUGCACCAGCUAGGCAGCCACAACAUAUCACAGCAAAAAACCCACAGCAUACAUUGACAGCCGUACCACCGACAAAUGCCGUACCACCAAAACCAUCAUCACCAAAAAAAUCCACUACAUAUAAGAGUAGACUUCUGGAAGUAAACUCACAGCAUAAGGUAUUUGUGUCAUAUGCAGACGAAGGUCCUGAGUUAUUUGCUAUUCAAAUGGUUUCUGAUGCAAAUUUACUUCAGAAUAUGAUGGAUGAAAUAAAUCGCAGGCCACAUAAAAGUUUGGCAGAGCCACCAAUGAUUGGGACAGUAUGUCUUGGAAGAAUGUCUGGUGACAGAAUUAUAUGUAGAGCAAUUGUCAUGAAUCUCUCAGGGUCGCAGUGUAAACUUUUCUUUGUUGAUUUUGGAGAUACAGAAAUGGUGUCCUACUAUGAUAUAUUUGAUAUACCUGAAGAGUUUGUGAAACCAAAUGUAUUUGCAAUGAGGUUCUGCUUGUCUGGGGUGAAAAAAUUAGAAAAGAGCCCCCACUUGAAUAAAACAUUUAAGCAGCUUGUUAAUGGAAAUAUAUUAACAUUAAGAGUUGUGGCACCAGAGGGCCCACCUUUGAUUCAAUAUGGAGAGCUGUAUUUGGAUAACAAGAAUGUUCUAGAAUUGUUAAUGGCAAAUAUGAAAGACAAUUUGCAGUUCAAGUGGAUGGAAAUGUUAAGCCUUGGUACAAGACAUUCAGUUCUUGUUUCUUAUGUAGAUAGUUGUAUAAAAUUUUAUGUCCAAUUAUCUGAAAAGAUAGAUGAAUUGAAUGCAGUAAUGGAGGCUGUGAAAGUUCAUUGUGAGCAUAGUUCUUCUCCUGGUCCUCUGCCUGUUGGAGCUGUGUGUUGUGCUAGGUUUCCUGAUGAUGACAACUGGUACAGGGCAAUGGUACGACAUACUCAAGGUGAACAAGUGGUUGUAGCAUAUGUGGAUUAUGGAAACGAACAAGAAGUUAAUGUUUCCGAUCUGAGAACUAUUACACCGGGUUUGAUUCAGCUGCCUGCUCAAGCCUUGAAGUGUGCACUGAAGGGUUUCGAGAAUAAACCAGUAGAAACAAAGACAUCAAAUCAGUUGGAAAUGCUUGCCCUGGAGAAGACAUUGACCAUGACCAUAGAUGGUUUUCUGUCAAAAGAUACAAUGUUGGUGUCUCUGGUGGACGACACUGUCAGUCCUCUGUUAGAUAUUGCGAGGAGGAUGAACCAGCUGUCUCAACCAAGGGGCAGUGUCCCUCAUGAGAAAACAACACAAGUCCGCAGAGAUACACCAGGAAGUAGCAUUGGCUCUCAUGAAGAUAGUGUUCCUGAUGACCCUCAUAGGUCUGGCUUUCGGAGAGAGAAGAGUUUUAGAGAUGAGAGAAAAUCGAGGGAGGAUGGCUUUUCCCACAGGGGAAGCAGUUUUCGUGCAAGGGAUCACAUGGAGAGUUUCGAUACAUCGGCCCCGGGACAUCACAGUGACAAAUUCGCCAAGCCCGACAGACGCGGCAAGCCCUGGGAGAGCCAGACACCAAACCCCCUGCCCUCAGGCGACGACUGGGAGGAAUCCCCGCAGCCUGAGAUACAAUCUCCACCGCUGCGCCAGAGCAGAGACAACCAUAGGGAAAGACGCGGCAAGCCCUGGGAGAACCAGACACCGAACCCCGCGCCCGCCGGCGACGACUGGGAGGAAUCUCCACCGCUGCGCCAGAGCAGAGACAACAACAGGGAAAGCAGAAAGAAAGACGGGAAACAGAAGGGAUGGAAGAAGGAGAGCAGCGUGGGGCGACGCCUCCAGCAGGCGAGGGACGCGGCCAACAGUGCGCAUGCGUCACCGCCGGCCACGCCCCCGGGAGACAUAAAGCGACGUGAUCGAUUCAGUCAUGACGGGUUUAACAAAUUUGACACAAAUAGAUCUGAUAGGCGUGAUAAUCGUGGAGAUAGGAGAGACAAUUGGGGUGAUAAAAAAGAAAAUUGGGGAGAUAUCAAAAAUGAAAGUUGUGAAGAAAAGAAGGAAGGGUGGAAUCAGAAGAGGGAGCCAAGAGAUAAUAUAACUGAAAUAGGGGGAGAUGGAAAUGAAAGAUUCUACCGAAGUGAUAAAAAUGAAAAAUACAACCGUGGUGACAGAAAUGAAAUAUUCUACCAAGGUGAUAAAAAUGAACGAUUCAACCGAGGUGAUAAAAAUGAAAGAUUCAACCGAGGUGAUAGAAACGACGGAUCUGAUAGGAGAGGAAGGUCUGACAGAGGUGGCAGGGGAGGACGUAGCAAUUUCACACGAAGAGACAGGCCCGAACGAUCAUGUGGCUCAGACAGUGAUAAAAGAUCUGAAAGAAGCUAUCGCACCGAUGACAGAGGUGGUAGGGGCAGUCGCGAUCGUUAUAAAAAAAAUCCGUUCCAAUAUAAAGAAUUAGCGAACCCUGUACCUUUGGAUUCAAACUUUACGGAACCCGCAAUGGAACUUGGCUCACAACAUGAAGCUUCAGUCACUUGGAUUAUAUCACCCGAGAAUUUUUAUACACAGCUGCUAUCCCAACACUCGAAGUUUUUGGAAAUGAUGCACAAAAUCCCAGAGAUGUACAAAGGCGUUAAAUUUCAUACCGGAAACGUUGGUGUUGGUAACUCUGUUCUGGCAAGAUAUCCCGUUGACGGGGUGUUAUACAGAGCUGUCAUUGUGUCUGUUGAACCUUUCUCGAAAUAUAUAGUUCAAUACAUAGACUUUGGUAACGAACAACUAGUAGAUGCCAAAGAUAUCUGGCAACUGGACCAAGAAUUGAUGGAACUGCCUAAAAUGGCGGUUCAUUGCUCUUUAGCCGGUGUGGUGCCGGUAGAUGGAGAAUGGAUGGCGAAUCCAGAUAUAGAUUUGUGCUUCAGUGCUCCUCGAUAUCAAUGUAUCUUCCACGAAUGUAUGGAUGAUCGAUUUAAAGUUUCUCUGUGGAAUAAUAGUGUCAGUGUCGCCGAUAUGCUUGUGGAAAAACAGUUGGCUUCAGUCUCAGAACAUCAAUCUCCUGUCGCAUUAACGGAUGAACCGAUAGACCUGACUAUCAUAAUAGGGCAGCAGAUAUUGUGCCGAGUGACCCACGUGGAGUCAUACGACAAGUUCUAUGUUCAGCUGGAUUUGGAAAAGGCGAGACUUGUGGAGCGCGCCAUCGACGAAUAUGACACGGCUCAGCUCACGCCGCUCAGCGCGGAGCGCGUGGCGCCCGGCUCGCACUGCGUCGUGCGCGGGGCGGACCAGACACGCCGCGCCAUCUUGGCCGACGUGAGUGACGUGGCCAUCACCGCAGUGCUGCCGGACUACGGGAACACCGUCACCGUGACUGUGGACAAUCUUAUGGUUCUGCCGCCGGAGCUGAGCCUGUACUACUACCAGUCACUGGAGUGUUGUCUCCACAACUACGACGAGGGCUCCAAGCCGCUGGUAGCACUAGACGAGCUCAGGACUCAGCUCGCAGGGAACAAGGUCAUCAUGUACAUUAACGAUGUUGACGGAAUUAGGUUGAUGUCAACUCUAUACGAACCCGUGACCGGCAAAAAAAUAGCCAUAUUUGAGCCUGAUCCGGACGCUUAUGACGAGGUGACUCCGUUGUGCCCGAGCGCAGUGUUCAAUUACAACUUCGGUAUGGCGUACGUGUCGCACGUCGAAAGUCUCAACGAAGUAUAUUUGCUGAAGGCCACGGACAGCGAUAGCAUCGCGGCGUUCCUGGACUUAAUGUACCAGUUCUACGAGGAAGGUACACCUGAAGCCUUAGAAACAUGCGAAGUGGGUGAUUUUUGUGCGGCGAAAUCAUCAGACGGCAACUGGUAUCGAGCUACUAUUGUCAGUAUCGCAGACGAUGAGGUCACGGUGCAGUUCCCAGACUAUGGCAACACAGAAAGAGUCCACAAAGAUGCUCUCAGAAAACUAGAUACAAAGUUCUUCGAGCCAUGUUAUUUCGUGAUUGUGGCGGGACUUAAUCUAGUUGCUUGCAAUGAUAACGCGAUAGAGAAACUGCGUGAAUGGACCACGGAAAAGGAAGUUGAAGUCACUUUGGCUUUUGGAAACGACGGCUGGCUUGCAAGGCUCCAUUUAGACGGUGUAGAUUUAACUGUAAAACUUGUUAACGAAAACUUAGCCACGCCGAAACCAGCUACAAAAGAGUCACCAGAAGAAGCAGUUUUAUCUCAACCUAUAUCAGUCCCGGUUGGCUGCACACAAGUUUACAUCAGCCAUAUCGACACACCUGGACAAUUCUGGUUGCAAAUGUCUGAUAAAGUUGAUAAAAUUGAAGAAAUUCAAGCAGAACUCCAAGCCAAUUUUGAAUCUUAUGCCGAUAUAGACAACAGAGAAAUGGGCACGUUGUGUGCUGCCAAGUACUCCGCUGACGAUCAAUGGUACCGUGCAGAGAUAUUAGACGCGGAUUCUGAUAUAACGACAGUCCGGUUUAUUGAUUAUGGCAACACUGAUGUACUCGACAACCAGCCAGGCUUGAUCAAAGUAAUACCAGAUAACAUGAAGGAAAUUGAACGUUAUGCAAUCAAGGCAAGCGUGAACGCAGUCCCCACUGGUACGGGGCAAUGGUCUGAACCGACGUCAGAUUACUUCACUCAAUUGGUUGGUGACCUUUCCAAUCCCGUUGACGCUCUGAUUGUUCUCAAAGAUGUGACAACGUACGUUGAUGUUUAUGUCAAUGGCCAAAAUCUGACAGACCAGUUGGUUUCCGAAGGGCACGCAACUAAAUCGGACAAAGAUGAAUGUGGAGAUUUGCCCUCUUGCUUUGCGAGCCAUGUCAAUUCUCCAUCCGAGUUCUGGUUACAGUUAGAAUCGGCGACUUUUGAACUUCAAGCCAUGGAAGCAGCUAUGGUCGAUGCCGAAAAUUUCCCACCGCUGGAAACUAAGGAAGAGGGAGUCUUAUGCGCCGCUUUAUACCCUGAAGAUGGUGCGUGGUACAGGGCUCAAGUCAUCGUUGAUGGCUCUGAAGGGACUGAAGUCCUAUUCAUGGACUACGGCAACGCUUCGAUAACAGGUGAGUUGCGAAAUCUACCCGACGAGCUGAAAAUAAAACCAGCUCUAUCCAGAAAAUGUGCUCUUCAGAAACCACGAGAUAUAAAAUGGUCGCAAAAAUCCGAAGUGAAGUUCAAUGAAUUGGCGGCAGAAGGUGCUACUAUAUUUAACGUACAAUUUAUUGCUUCUGGAGAUGUUUCAAUCGUGGAUUUGUUUCUUGGAGGGAAAUCUGUUACUGAAGAACUUCUAGGUUUGUGUGAAGAGCACCCUCUAGUUAGACUUACCCCAGUUGGACAAGAUACAUGGGCUACUGGAAAGAUUUGUUACCUGAAUUCAUUGAAAGAAAUCUACAUUCAUUUGGAUGACUCAGUGACUAAUAUUGAUAAAGUGACGGAAGUACUAGCGGGGGGCGAGGAAUUUGAACCCGUUUCUGAAUUAAAAGUGGGCUCUAUAUGUGCCGCAUUGUGGACUGAAGAUGAACAAUGGUAUAGGGUGAGAAUAUUGGAAUUUGGUGAUGUGGGUGCUCAUGUCCAGUUUAUUGAUUAUGGGAAUAAAGCAAAAUGUGAAAAUUUCAGACAGUUACCUGAAGAAAUAUUAGGAUUCGAGCCGCUUGCUAAAUGUUGUCGAUUAUGUUGUGUAGAAGAUGCAAUGAAUGAAGAGACUAAACUAAGAAUAGACGACCUAGUAGCUGAACUGACUACUUUCCAAAUUGAAUUUUUAGACAGCAUCACGGAUCCUCCUUUAGUUAAGUUACUGAUUGACGGAGUAGAUAUAAUUUCAGUAUUAAAUGACAAACCAUGUACAGAGCCACAAGAAUCCUGUUAUGAUGUAGAUAAUACUGCAGAAGAAUCGGGCAGUAUUUUCAAUGAAUUGGAAGCAUCAAAAUUAAAUCUAAAUGAAAGUAUUUGUAGUAUGGAAACUUUUGUAGAAAACAAAACGCUUAUUGUGGAUAUAAAAGAUGCAUGUCUUGAAAGUGAAAUGUACUCACUUGCGCUGGAUCAUCAAAUUUCUAGUGAAACCCUUCUGAUAUCUGUUGAAGAAGAUAAAUUAGAUGAAUCAAUAAAAUUAGAAAAGCAGCUCAGUACAGGUAAAACUAAAGAAUUGAACGAGACGCGUACAAUAAUUGAAUCCUGUAUUAAUGAAAUCGCAAAGGAAUGUAAUAUCUCGGCUGAUACUGUAGAAUCAAAAGAUACUAUUAAAGAAGAAUCAGAUGUUAAUGUUACAAGAGAAUCUCAUACCAAACACGACUUUGUAAUAUUAAAGGACCACUAUAGUACCUUAAAACCUGUAGAAUCUUACGACGCAGGUAAAACAGAAAAAUCUUCUGUACAUGAAAUUCCAAAACACCAUAAUGACUCAGCUGAUACAGAAAAUUCCCAGGUUAUUAAUAAAUAUGAGUCUCAUGUGAAAGUCAAUAAUGACGGUGAAAAUGAAAAUGCAGUAGAAUACCUUGAAAGUGAAAUGAAUGUAUUAGGGCCUGUUCGUGAAACUUCCAGCGAAACUUCAAAUAAUUUUGAGGACACUGUUACUGGUGCAGCUGACAGGAGUCAUAUAUCAUUAGAAGAAGAAAACUUAGAUGUUUCAAAAAAAAUUGAAUAUCAGCAGGGCAAAGAAAAUUUUGUGGAAUCUAACGAGACGGGUAAAAUUAAAGAAUCCAAUAUGGUAACUGUAGAAAAAUUGCAUGUGAGAGUCAAUAAUGACGUUGAAAAUGAAAAGAUAACAAAAGAUUCAGUAGAAUGCCUUGAAAGUGAAAUGAAUUCAUUAGCACCAGUUAGUGAAACUUCUAGCGAAACGCUUAAUGAACGAAUCGAAAACGUGGAAUUAAACGAGACGGGCAAAAUAAAAGAAUCAAAUUCGGUGACCGUAGGAACAUUCAAAGUGACCACCUAUAAUAAUGGUGAAAAUGAAACGAAAAUUAAAGAUGCAGUAGAAUGCCUGGAGAGUGAAAUGAACGCAUUUGCGCAGGUUAGUAAACCUUCUGAUAAUUUUGAUGAUACAGUUACUCGUGCAUCUGACGAAGUGGACGAAGAAAACUUAGAUCAUGCAAUAAAAUUAGAAAAUCAGCAGGGCAAAGACAAUACUGUGGAAUCUUAUGAGACGGUUAAAAUAAAAGAUUCAAAUACGUUGACCGUAGAAACAUCCGAUGCGAGAGCCUAUAACAACAGUGAAAAUGAAAAGAAAAUAAAAGAUGCAGUAGAGUGCCUUGAAAGUGAAAUGAAUUCAUUUACGCCGGUUAGUAAUCCUUCUGAUAAUUUAGAUGACACAAUUCCUCGUGCAGCUGACAGGAGGUAUAUUUCAGUGGUGGAAGAAAACUUAGAUGAUUCAAUAAAAUUAGAAUAUCAGCAGGGCAAAGAAAACAUUGUGGAAACUAACGAGACAGGUAAAAUUAAAGAAUCCAAUAUAGUUAAUAAUGAUGUUGAAAAUGAAAAGAUAACAAGAGAUUCACUAGAAUGUCUUGAAAGUGAAAUUUAUUCAUUAGGACCGGUUAGUGAAACUUCUAGCGAAACUCUUAAUAACUUUGAUGACACGGGUACUUGUGCAGCUGACAAGAAGCAGAUAUCACUGCAAGAAGAAAAAUUAGAUGAUUCAAUAAAAUAAGAAAAACAGCACUGUAAUAUAUGCAUACUAUAGAAUCGAACAAGAUGGGUAAAAUUGAAGAAUCAAAUAUGUUAACUGCAGAAUCCCUUGUAAAAGAUAAUAGUGAUGGUGAAAAUUAAAAAUUGUCACUAUACAUGUAAACAGUAUAAAUAAAGCAGAAGAUGCGGAAGCGUUGUGAAAUGUGUAAUGUUUUAGAAUAAGUACUAUUAAACAUGAAGGUAUAAAAAUUCAAAUCUCUGUAUGUGCCUUUUUUUGUUGUUAUUUGACAGAUUUAAAUGACAUUUAUAUGUAAAGGACAUUAUAAUAUUAAGAAGUUAUAAAUAAUAUUGUAUAUAAAUAAAUAUUAUUACUCCACCAAUACCACAAUUUAUGAAUGUAUAUUUUGUUUUUUGUUUUUCAUUGUUAAAUGUAAGUUGUAUAACAUGUUUUAUACAUUCCUUUGGUUAUUCAUGACAUUUUGUACAUAUUUGUAGUAACAGUAAAGUCUACUUUAUAUUAAUACUUUGUUUUUUGUUAUGAGUAUGUUGGUUUAAUAAAACAAAGUUUUAUUAA